AUGGUAAAAGCUUUGCCUCGGUCGAUAAAUGAUGACAAUGUCAUCACUGUAGAGUUGAAGUGUAAAUUCUGUUAUAAACAUGGUCGAAAAGAACAAUUCCGCCCGGAAAUCAUACGGAGAGCAGCGGAGUAUUUAGUAACGUGUGAUCUGUUUCGGACAUAUGGUAUAGAACUUGAAGGUUCAUGGACAAAUAAUGAACCUGAAGACACUGUCGAAUGUACCUGUAGUUCACCUGAGCAGGAGAGCAAUGUUGAUGAGAUCUCUGAUGUAAAUCCUGGUGGCACAGAAACUCUGUUAGAUGAAAACCAAGACCUAAUAAUAGUUAUGGCUCCAGGAGAAGGUGAAAGGCCAAUUUCUUUGCUUUUUGAUCGAUAUCCGGAAGAGCUGGCUUUCAUAAAAGUACAUUGCGCUAUUGAGCGAAAAUACCUCGUGAACUUAAGUCAUUCCGAAGUCACAAGUUCAGAAAUUUCCAUAAAUGGCAGGCGAGCUGUAAGACCUGUUUACCUAUUUACUGCCAUGAAAAAGCAACAAACUAUUGCCGUCAAAAAUAAUGUUACGACAUGUUUACGCAAAAGAACUGUCAGAGGUGCCACUGUAUUUGCAUGUAAUGUCCUUCAAAAUAAUUUUGUUGACAAUUUAGUUCAACAUGACGAUGGGUAUCGUGUCCUUGGAGGAAUUAGAAAUUCUCCUGCUCACUGA